AUGCAGCACUCCCAACUGGCCCCGCUGCCCACGGAUGUGCCCUUCCGCAUCGUCUCCAAGACCAUCGGCCAGGGCGCCUACGCCUGCAUCAAGAAGGCCUGUCCACUAACCUCCGAAACUCCCGUCUUCGCCGUCAAAUACGUUCAUAAAGACUACGCCGCGCGUCAUGGCAAGAUUAGUGCGCGCCAGCUGCAAUUGGAGGUGACUGUCCACCGACACGUCUCGGGCCACAAAAACAUCAUCGAGUUCUACCAGACCGGCGAGGACGAGAUCUGGCGAUGGAUCGCCAUGGAAUUGGCCGAGGGUGGAGAUCUCUUCGACAAGAUCGAGGCCGACGAGGGCGUCGGGGAGGAUAUCGCGCACGUCUACUUCUCGCAGCUCGCCAGCGCUGUCAGCUUCAUGCACUCCAAGGGCGUGGGCCACCGCGACAUCAAACCGGAGAAUAUGCUGCUCACGGCCGAUGGAAAUCUGAAGAUUGCGGAUUUUGGAUUGGCGGCGCUGUUCGAAUAUAAGGGGACGCGGAAACUCUCCACGACAUUUUGUGGCAGCCCACCGUACAUUGCGCCUGAGGUGGUCACUUGUAGCACCCGAGGGCAGACCAAGGGGGCCGGAUAUCACCCCGAUUUGGUGGACAUCUGGUCCUGUGGGAUUGUGCUCUUUGUCCUCUUGGCCGGCAACACCCCGUGGGAUAGCCCGACGGAUGACAGUUACGAAUUUCACGAAUACAUGGCGACCAAGGCACGAACCACCGACGAACUAUGGCAGAGGCUGCCUCCGGCCACGCUCUCUUUACUGCGCGGGAUGUUGGCCGUGGACCCGAAAAACCGGUUCUCGCUGGAAGAUGUGCGCCGACAUCCGUGGUAUACACGAAGUAACAAAUUCCUCUCGGAUGAGGGCAAACUACGGGAUCCCAUCAAUCUCGCGACAUCCAUGUUUGAGUCGCUUCACAUCGACUUCAACCAGGAUCCCCUGUCCCAAAACCGCAAGAACGCCAGACGCGGUUCCGACCCAAUGGACAUGGACAUGGACGAACAGUCCGCGGGGCAGAUUUCCUCCACGCAGCCAGAAAUGCUAGGGGGUAGCAUGCUGAUGGACUGGGAUUCUCCGCAAUUGGCGUCGGAGGUGUUCUCUUCCACUCAGCCGGCGGGGAAACCAUUCACAUCCCAGGACCACUACCUGGCCAAUCACCUCGAAGACGAGCCGUCCAUGUCGCAGUUCUCGCAGCAACCCUCGGUUCCAGUGAGCCGCACGCAGAAUGCACAGCGAUUCCAGGAUAUCGUCCCGUCGCGCCCGAUGACCCGCUUCUUCUCCGCAUGGGAGCUGAAACUGUUGGUGCCGCUGAUCUGCGAGGCUCUGCACCGGUUGGGAGUUCCGGUGCCGGCCAUGCCACCCGUGGGGCUCGGCGACACGUCUGCGAUGGUUCGCGUGGUCGCCAAGGACGGCCGCAUGUGUCCCCUGCAGGGCAAGGUGCUGUUCGAGUGCGUGUCGGAGGGCCUGUUCGAGGUGGAGUUUGUCAAGAUCAAGGGUGAUCCGCUGGAGUGGCGGCGGUUCUUCAAGAAGGUGGCUAUUCUGUGCAAGGAUGCCAUCUUCAAGCCGGACCAGUAA